GCCGCCGCCGACUGCCCGGCCUCCAUCUGUGAGUGUAGGUGGCGUGACGGCAAGGAGGCGGUGCUGUGUGCCAACGGCUCGCUGACGGAGCUGCCGGCCGGGCUGGACGGCGGCACGCAGGUGCUGCAGCUGGACGGCAACCCGCUGCAGCUGCUCACCGCCGACGAGUUCGCGCGCCGCGGCCUGGUCAACCUGCAGCGGCUCUACCUGGCCGGCUGUCGGAUCGGCCACGUGGACGCGCGUGCCUUCGCCGACCUCAUCAACCUGGUGGAGCUGGACCUGAGCGGCAACGCGCUGCGCCGCGUGCCCUCCGACGCGCUUGUGCAGACCGGCGCCCUGCGCGAGCUCAAGCUCAGCGGCAACCCGAUCGCCCGCCUGCCAGCCGCCGCGUUCGCAGCCGUGCCGAACCUCUUCCGGCUGGAGAUGAGCGACUGCGCCAUCGCCGACCUGCACGUGGACGCGCUGCGCGGCCUCGUCAGGCUGCAGUGGCUGAAGCUGGACGGCAACCGGCUGACGGCGCUGCCGCCCGGCUCGCUCAUGCCGCUCAACAGUAUCCGCGAGCUGCACCUGCACGCCAACCCGUGGUGGUGCGACUGCCGCGCGCGCUACCUGAAGCAGUGGCUGCUGCAGCUGGCGUGCCUGCCGACCAUCCGCGAGAGCGCGCGCGCCCUCACCGCCUGGGACGGCGACAACGUGACCCUAUCGUGCUCGGUGAGCGCCUCGCCGCCGGCGACCGUGCGCUGGCUGUGGCGUGGCCGCGAGGUCACCAACGGCUCGCUGGUGCAGCCAGCCGGGACGCGCUUCCACCUGUUCCACCACGGCGGCGAGGAGAAGACCAGCAUCAUGCUGAUCGUGAGCGUGCGCGAGGAGACGGCCGGCCAGUACGUGUGCGCCGCGCACAACGCGGCCGGCCGCGUCACGCGCCCGGUGACGGUGACGACGGUGCCGGCGCGGCGGCGGCACCCCAGCCUGCCUAGCUCGCCCGUGCUGGCCGACGGCGACGAGCCGGACGGCUACACGUCCGACUACUGCCAGCGGUACAAGUACCGGCGGCCCUCCUGCGACCCGUACACGUACCACGCCGUGCAGCUGGAUCGCUACCUGCAGGAGUACCGCACGCUGCAGCAGCAGCUGAGGGCGAUGCAGCGCAACUGUGACUCGAUCGGCCACAGCCAAGACAAAUGGCUGCUGCUCGUGCGUUAG